AUGCAUGGGUACCACCAUGAUUAUGUCUUGCCCUUAAAGAGGAUAUGGUGCAUCUUUGAAUUGUACCAGACAAUACACCUUUCACAAAGUGCUCACUUUCGGGGGUUGCUCUUGUGUACUUCCACAGGCGUUUUGCAAGAAGGAAAAGCUGGCACAGAUAUAGCCGUGGCAGUUGCAAGAACAGCCAAAGAGCUUGAUACGCGCAGCGCGGAAGCAACAUCGGAAGAAGAUCGGAAGAUGAUCCAUUCUUUGAUCGAGAAAAUGCCUGGUGGCUUCAAUGCAAUGAACACCUUCGUGCAAAAAACGAUUUGUAGUGCGUUGGAGGCCUCCCAUCUUCACUUUGAGAAUACCUUCAAAGAUCUGGUGCGAGAUUUGGCCAAAGGCAUUUCCAUUGAACCCAGCUCCAGCUCCGCUAAUCCAGCGAUCUUGACCAGCAAGCCACACCAGAUGGGCUGCGGUAAAACAGCGACGAAUUGAUGGAUGCACAUGUCUUGGUCGCACAAAGAUGCCCAAAGAAGGCGCCUUUGAGAUAUGGAGAUGGCAUGCUAUGAAGAAGCUUUUGCCAUGCGG